AACACUCAUGUCAUGAUGAAAAUGUCAAAAAGUUGUCUAUGGUAGACCUUUAAUCGCUCGUUGCAUCAAGAUUUAGAAGAAAUGGUUAAAAAAGCGUAAAGUAAAUUUAACGUUAUUAUCUGUUUUUCUGUGAGUUUUAUAUUAAAUGGUGAAUCCGUUUCGUGCAACAAUAUUUAGAUAAGUUUCGGCAAAGAAUAUGUCGACGGGCAGUACUCCCUUUCCCAAAUGGCAAUUGGCCAUACUUCUCGGUGCACCUUUAGCCAUCGGCUUAGGUUACCUUUAUCUACGAAAUAGAUUAGAAGAUUCUGAGAGUAAAAAAGUUGCAGAGCUUAAAGCGAAGACAACAAUAUCUUUGGACAAUGAAGAUAAUGCAAAAACAUCAGAGACUGCUAUCGACCGUGCUAUGAAGUUGAAAGGUGCCGGAAAUCGUGCUUUUCAUGCUGGAGAGUAUGAUAAGGCUAUUGCUUUAUAUAACGAAGCGAUUGAGGCAUGUCCUCCUGAUCGUCCAGUCGAUCUAGCUACUUUUUAUCAAAAUCGUUCAGCGUGUUAUGAAAAACGUGAAAUGUGGGAACAGGUAAAGGAAGACUGCACUUUUGCCCUCAAACUCAAUGAGAAGUAUGUUAAAGCUUUCUUAAGACGAUCACGGGCAGCUGAGAAAAGUGGCGAUCUAGUGCUGGCGUUAGAAGACGUCACUUCUGCCUGUAUUCUUGAGAGAUUUCAAGUACAAAGUUCUUUGGUAAAUGCUGACCGAAUUUUAAAAGCCCUUGGCAGACAACAUGCCCGAGAAGCGCUUGCCAAACGUCGUCCCGUCAUGCCAUCAAAGCAUUUUAUCAAAACCUACUUCUCAGCAUUUUCUGAAGAUCCUGUAACAAAAGUUCAGUUAGAUGACCAAGAAACUGGUGGAUUUGCUAAAGCCAAGAAGGCCUUUAAUACUCAGGACUAUGAUGCUAUUGUAGAUGCAUGCACAGAAGAACUAAAUUCAAGUGGAAAGUAUAAGAAUGAAGCCUUAUUAUUGAGGGCUACAUUUUAUUUGUUGCUUGGUAAACAUGAUGAAGCACAAGCUGAUCUUGGACAAGUCAUUGAUAGUGAUGCUCCUACUAAGGUCAAAGUCAAUGCUUUGAUCAAGAGGGCAUCCCUGUUCACUCAGCUAGAGAACACUGAACGCUGCCUUGAAGACUUUGCCCGUGCUGCACAGCUAGACCCACAGAAUUCUGAUGUUUAUCACCAUCGUGGUCAGGUUUAUUUACUAGUGGAAAGAAUGGAUGAAGCCACCGCUGAAUUUGCUAGGGCAGUAGAACUCAACCCUGAUUUUUCUAUUGCUUUUAUACAGAAAUGCUACGCUGACUACAGACAUGCUCAGAUAAAUAAAAAUGUUGGUGCACUCGCCCAAGUUAAAGCUGACUUUGAAAAAGCUUUAGAAAGAUUUCCAAAGUGUGCAGAGGCAUAUAUUCUGUUUGCACAAGUUUUGUCAGAUCAGCAGGAGUGGGGCCGGGCUGAAUCACUGUUUGACUCCGCCCUGUCUGUAGACCCAAGCAAUGCUACCCUCUAUGUACAUAAAGGUCUUGUGCAAUUGCAGAAGAGCACAGAUUUUGACAAGGCAGUGAAAUUGAUCAAUAAAGCCAUUGAGAUGGAUGACAAGUGUGAUUUUGCAUACGAGACUCUUGGAACCAUUGAAGUACAGAGGGGUAAUUUGAGGCGAUCACUAGAGUUGUUUGAAAAAGCAAUAGCUUUGGCAAAGACGGAGUUAGAAAUGACCCACCUGUACUCACUUAAGGAUGCAGCGGCUGCUCAGCUGAAAGUAUCUGAGAGGUGGGGCUUGGAUUGGACUGUUAGUUAGGUCCCUGCUGCCACAAUGUCGUCAAUACUGUGAGAAACUUACUUGGCAUACACCAGAAUACGUCCAAGUUAGGCACAUUGUUCAAUUGGUUCAUUAUUGUGAUUUUAAAAACUUUUCUCUUGUCAUCCCCACUUUUGCGUUUCCUUUAAUUAAAUACAACAUUUCUGUUGAAAAUAAGAACAAUUUUAAGCUCUGAAUAUAAAUUAUAGAUUUUAUAUCUACAUAUAUGCUAGCAUUUAUUCUUCCACUACAGAAUAAUUCCAAUAAUUAAACUGUAUUUAUCAUUAAUGGUGUUUCAUCCAAAGAAAAUUGAGACUUACGACUGUUAUUAAUUUACUUUAAAAAAAUGUAAGUUACGAAAUGGAAGUAAUUAUUAUGUAAUUCAUGUGACUAGUUUGAAAAGUUUAUUUUGAAACCAACUGAAUUUGUACAUGAAUAAAGUAAUAAAUUAUUUAUUGUGAAUGAAUAGCUCUUCAUUGUAUUGUCUUAUUUAGGAUUUCGAAAUUUUAACAUUGUAGUUACAAAUAAACCUUUAUUAUAUUUUAUCUGCCGGAUCCUAGUACCUAACGGGAAUAUUGAAGCUCCUUAUUGAGGUUUCAUUUGCAAGGUUAGCACACACUGUGAUUGAACUGAUGUGAUUUGCGUAUGAUACAUUUUAGUUGUGUUUUUAGUCAGUUAUUGAUUUUGAAUAGUUACAUUUCAGACACUUAAACCCUGUGUACUGUGGGUGCUAGGCAGAAUAAAAAUUUUUUCGUCAAGACCUUUAUAUGUAUUUUGUAACUGAUUGUUGUAACUCUGCUACUUUGAAGAAGUACCUUUUGUAGUGUGUAAUUUGAGGUUGUUUGUGUUUAAAAGUGAGCUUUUAAAGAAAUUAUUUUAUAUAGUGUGUUGGCCUUGUACUUCAUAUUGAAGUAAGUAUUGCCUGUGCAGUGGCCAUGGAAAAUAGUGUGUGCGUUCAAAAUUUUGAUUUAAGUAUAAAUUGAACAGUUUAAAAAUUUGAUGACAAACAAGAGAAAAGUAAUCUACAAGUCCGUAAUUAAAAGCUAAAUCUUAAACAGUGCCUGGUGAUGACAUUAACUAUGUCAUAGUUUUGAUUAAAAUAAUCCACAUAUAUAAUUGUUAUGCCACCCUUCUGCCGAAAUUUUUCAUAAAACCUUGUGAUAUUUAAACUUCAGUGCUCAGCAGGAAAUAAUUCACAUCAAAUUUGGAAAGAGAAAGUUUUGGAAGUAUGUGGCGCUCGCUGUUUUGAAAAACGUCGUAAUCGCAAGUGCUCUUUGCCAAGCUAGAUAUGUAAUAGAGACGUUAUGUUUGUUUGCAAUUAGGGAUUUCGAUAUUGUUCACUGCCUUUGUAUCUUGCCUUGAAUAAUGUGCAAAAUACUUAAGUCAGUACAUCGAUUUAUUCAAAAGAACUACAUUGCUGUUUAUGAUCUAGUCGAAAACACAUUCGUUUGAAUUUAUUUCAGUCCUGAAGGAUAGUUAUCUUGCGCCUUCUGUAUAUUUCUUGUUAUAUUGCCUAUUCUGCUUUAUGUAAAUACCCUAUUUUCUACUUUUGUGACAAACAUGAUUGAUAGCACAUUUUAUUAGAAAAACAAAUUGUUGAAUAGGGCACUACAUUAUCAUAUGUUAAAAAUAAUUAAUGUUUUUGCCAUAUUGUCGCCAUCAAAUAUGCUAUUGUUAGGUGUGUAAUUAAAACUGAGGCGAAAAGACGCUGAAGACCAAUCGCGCCCCACGGCUUCUGUUCGGACACUUCCGAUUGGUAGACUACACCUCCACGAAGUAAAGGUACAACUUGUGUGAGCGUUACGCUUGUUCGAUGACCACAUAUUAAUAUGACAGUCUUGUACAUUGAAAACUGUAAGGUCAUAUUAAUUCUACAUAUAAUGUAUAUAAUAGAUAGAUGUAUAUUUUCGGCUUAAUUAAAAAAAUAUAUAUUUCAGUUGUUACUUUUUAACCAUCUGAUCGUGCUUAGUUUGUCAAUGAUUGUUACCUAAUCACUUAUUAGAUGUUAAAAUUGCAUUGAAAUAAAUCCAAAUACUGGUGUGGUGUUGAAGUACCAACUAUUUUGUCCAAUCAGGCAAGAGCUCGUACUUAUAUGAAGCUUAUGUCUAUGUUAUUACGGUCACAGUUCAUUUCACCUUGAUGAAGAUGUAUGAAGUAGUGCGCUUUACAUUGGUUGUUAGCGCUGGGUGCAUUCGAUCGUUUCUGUUUUCAAUAUUUCAGUUGCCAUCCAUGUCAUCAUUAUAAUGUUUUAUAUAUCUACAAUUUUAACAGGGAUAAUUAUUCAUUGAAUGCACCCUAAAAUCGUCAAAUACUUAGAUUGUGAGUUAGAUUAUAGCUGGUAAAAAAGUUCUUCAAGAGUUGUUACCUCACCGAUAGUGAAUAGUUAUCAAUUUAUGAAAACUUCGUAAUACAUUAUUGAAAAGUA